CUUCCCGCUCACACCGGAGUCACUUCCGAAGAGAGAACCGCCAUGAAGAGAGUAGGGGGUGCCGCCCACCUCUGCACCGACAGCCUCCCCGAGUCCCAGCAGCAAGACGGCAACCACGCACCCAGCUUCUCCAGCCACAGCUCAUGCCGCCGUCGCCAGCGGCGCCGACAUGACAAGGCGCUGCAUGCCCGCUAGGCCAGGUUUCCCCUCAUCCCCAGCCCCAGGGUCGUCGCCCCCGCGCUGCCAUCUGAGACCCGGUAGUACCGCCCCUGCUGCAGCGGGACAGAGAACAGAGAGUCCCGGGGAAAGGAAACAAUCAAUCAUAGAUUUCUUCAAGCCAGCUUCCAAACAAGACAAACAUAUGUUGGAUUCUCCACAAAAAUCAAACAUCAAAUAUGGAAGAAAUGGAUUAUCCAUCACUGGGACAGAGCAAUUUGAAAGGAAAUUGUCUUCACCAAAAAAACCUAAACCCAAAAGAAUGUCAUCAGAAGGAAGUCCUAUUUUAGAAGCUUUCAUGAAAGGUGGUAAAGAGCACCACAAAGAUCGCGGUGUCCAUGAGUCACGUCGGCCUUGUAUGUCACUAGGUACCAAAUAUUUACCCAAAGGAGCAGGUAUCUACCGAUUGCCCACAGACAUGAAGGCACGGAAGAAAAAACACCGGUCCCCAGAGAAAAGGAAGUCGUUGUUCAUUCAUGAAAGUAACAGGGAGAAGAAUGACAAAGAUCGAGGCAAGACCAGUGAAGACUCCAGAAAACAGGCCCCAGUGACAGAAGGUGACAUCUUCAGGAACAGAUCCAGAAGUGUUAGUAGCAGAAGCAGCCUGUCCCGGCCCCACCCAGGAGAAGGCCCCCUGGGGGCCAGGUUCCAGUUGUCCUUAGCUUCUUACUGCCGAGAACGAGAGCAGAAGAAGUUGAGAAAGGAACAAAUGGAGCAGAGAAUCAACUCAGAAAAUUCUUUCUCAGAACCAAGCAAUCUUUCCUUAAAAUCCUCUGGUUUAGGGAAAAAAUGCAAGCCAAGGCAUGAACACAGUAAACAGAGUGACGCUGCCCCUGGGAAGAGUAAUCUCUCAAAUUUGGAAAAUGGACAUCUCUCAAGAAAAAGAUCAUCUUCAGACUCAUGGGAACUUUCAGGCUCUAAGCAGAAUAAAUUCUCCGACAAAAGAAAAAGGAACUCUGUGGACUCAGACCUCAAAAGCACAAAAGAACCUAUCAUACCAAAAGCAAAAGAGCCCUCCCUAGAGAAGCGUCCAGACACAUCGCAUCAGAGAGAGAAGUUUAUAAGACACAUUGCACUGAAGACACCGGGUGGUGUUCUGCGCUUGGAAGAUAUAGCCAAGGAACCUGAUGAUGAAACAGAUCGCUCUUCUGCAGACUUGGCACCUUCAAACUCUGGCCACCAUUCUUCCAGGAAUAGUGACCAAGUCCACGCAGCAAGUACCAAAGAGACUAAAAUACAGAAACUCCACUUACCUUUACCUCAGGAAAAAUCUACAGUUAAAAGAGCUAGCAAUUUUCAGAAAAGUAAAACAGCUGGCUCUGUGACAUCAAAAGAGACAAAACUACCUUUACUUUCCCAUGUUCCAAGUGCUUUCUCCUCUCGAGUACCAUUAAAUGCUAAAAAUUGCACUCUUCCAGUUCCUAAAAAAGAUAAAGAGCAUUCCUCCUCUAAAGAACAUUCUGGGCAUUCUACAGAAUCCUCCAAACACAAGGAACACAAAACAAAGACUAAUAAGGCUGUUUCUAAUGAAUCUUCAGGGAAAAGUUCUGGGGGAUCUUCGCAUUCAGAGUACGGGCCUCCUACAGCGUCUCCUCCAGCUGCCUUGGAAGUUGUGCCGCGUGUCCCGAGCCCUGCAGCACCUUCAGAUAAAGAGUGUUCAGGAAAUUCCAAUGCAGGUAGCAGUGCACUGAAAAGGAAAUUCAGGGGUGAUUUUGAUAGUGAUGAAGAAAGUUUAGGUUACAACUUAGAGAGUGAUGAGGAAGAGGAAACAUUAAAAUCACUGGAAGAAAUAAUGGCUUUGAAUUUCCAUCAGACUCCUACAACUUCAGGAAAGCCUCCUGCCUUUUCCAAGGGGCUUAGAUCCGAGUCGUCAGACUACAUGGAAUAUGCUCAGACUGGAACUUAUACAAAUACUUUAGAGCGGCUUGUAAAGGAGAUGGAAGACACACAAAGGCUAGAUGAACUACAGAAACAGCUACAGGAAGACAUAAGACAGGGCCGUGGCAUUAAAUCUCCUAUAAGAAUUGGCGACCAGGACAGUACAGAUGAUGAGGAUGGCCUCUUGGAAGAACACAGGGAAUUUCUAAAAAAAUUUUCAGUUACAAUUGAUGCUAUUCCUGAUCAUCAUCCAGGUGAAGAAAUAUUUAAUUUUCUCAAUUCUGGAAAAAUUUUCAAUCAAUAUACCUUAGACUUAAGAGACUCUGGUUUUAUCGGAGAAAGUGCUGUGGAAAAGCUUAUCCUCAAAUCAGGAAAAACAGAUCAGAUUUUUUUGACAACACAAGGCUUCCUUACCUCUGCAUACCACUACGUCCAGUGCCCUGUACCUGUUUUAAAGUGGCUGUUUCGGAUGAUGUCGGUCCACACAAACUGUAUUGUGUCAGUACAGAUUUUAAGUACGUUGAUGGAAAUAACCAUUAGAAAUGAUACUUUCAGUGACUCUCCAGUUUGGCCGUGGAUCCCAUCAUUGUCUGACAUAGCAGCUGUGUUUUUCAACAUGGGUGUUGGUUUUGGAUCUUUGUUUCCUCUGGAGACACUUCAGCCAGACUUUAAUGAAGACAAUCUGAUUUCUGAAACACAGAAAACACUGGGGGGAAGAGGAAGUGAAGAUUCAUCUUGCAAUCCAGUUUUUUCAACUCUUCCUGAAACCAACAUUUUAAAUGUGGUUAAGUUCCUAGGCUUGUGCACAUCUAUACAUCCAGAAGGUUACCAAGAUCGAGAAAUAAUGUUGCUGAUUUUAAUGCUAUUUAAAAUGAGUUUGGAAAAAGAGCUGAAACAGAUUCCUUUAGUAGAUUUUCAAAGCCUCCUGAUAAAUCUCAUGAAAAACAUCAGAGAUUGGAACACAAAGGUUCAUGAACUCUGUCUGGGUAUAAAUGAACUCUCCAGUCAUCCCCACAACCUUCUGUGGUUGGUACAGCUAGUCCCUAACUGGACAUCUCGUGGAAGGCAGCUGAGGCAAUGCCUCAGUCUGGUGAUUAUUUCCAAGCUUCUGGAUGAAAAACACGAAGAUAUCCCUAAUGCCAAUAAUCUUCAGAUCUCAGUUCUACAUCGCUAUCUAGUGCAAAUGAAGCCUUCUGAUUUGCUGAAGAAAAUGGUCUUGAAGAAAAAGGCUGAACAACCAAAUGAAACUAUUGAUGACAGUCUUCAUUUAGAACUUGAAAAACAGGCAUAUUACCUGACCUACAUUCUGCUUCAUUUAGUUGGGGAAGUUAGUUGUUCUCAUUCUUUCUCUUCUGGACAACGGAAACACUUUGUGCUGCUUUGUGGGGCUUUGGAAAAGCAUGUUAAGUGUGAUAUUAGGGAAGAUGCAAGGCUUUUCUACAGAACUAAAGUGAAAGACUUGGUUGCCAGGAUACAUGGAAAAUGGCAGGAAAUAAUCCAGAACUGUCGGCCUACUCAGGGGCAGCUUCAUGACUUUUGGGUGCCCGAUUCUUAAAAGGAGUUAUAGCAGCAAAAUUUCAAAACAAGAAGGGCCUUUCCAGGAGGAUUACUGUGAGAUCCCACAGAUGCUAAGGAGCACAGCUGUGUGCCACUCGUGUGUGUGUGUGUGAGGCUGGUGGUGGAGCCUUUGCUGUUUCUAAAGCGGAUAUGAAAUGCCGUCUGCAGUUGACUGUGGAGGGAAAGCCCUGGGGGCUGCUAAAGGAGAGGAGGGGUAGAAGCAGCUGGGAGCUGUGGAUCCAGCCUGCUCUCCCUAGCACCUCUUGCUGGGUUUUCAGUGGUCAUCUUGUUAGGUGGUUUCAGAACACUUGGAUCAUCACAGAAAAUAAGGAAGAAAGUGUGGACCAUCUUGAAGAGUUGGACAGUGAAACAAAGGCUAAGGUCCAGCUGGUUUUCAUUCCCCUCUUUGUUGUUUUAGGGUACAAAGGGAAGGCUUAGACUAGAGCUCUGUAAUUAGAUGUGUCGGUCUCUUCUGUAACCCACCCCAUAAACCAUUGGCAGUUUCAGCCCAUACAUAUCCUUUACUAUUCAAGAUUAUAAAUCUGAGGUUUUUAAAUAUAUUUAAAAUCAAUUUAAGAAGCAGACAUCAGAUAUGUUGUCAGAUUGCCCUAAGAGGAAGAGAUUAAGCUACAAAGUAGUGGCUAUCAUUAAAAUGCCAGAACAUUUAUAAGUGGUUUGUUUAGGAUUUCUUUGUAAGUGCAUAUAUUUUUAAAAUACUGGUUUAAUCAUAAAAUCUCAGCUAAGCUAGAAUUCUGUCCAUUGGUAACUAUAUUACAGAAGUCUCUGUAUAAAGGCUUAAAAGUCUGAAGUUUCCAAAAACCUUGUUUCCACUAGUAUAUAAUUUAGCAGAGGCCUUGAUGGUGUUUAUUUUGGGGACUCUGUGUGUGUGUGUGUGUGUGUGUGUGUGUGUGUGUGUGUGUGUGUGUGUGUGUGUGUGUGUAAGUUUGUAUCUUGAAGUUGUUGCACUUGAAAACCACAGCUGCUCUAAAUUCUUUUAAACACUGGAAAGCCAUCCUUUAGUUUAGAUGGUAGAGGGUUAGCAGAGGUGCACAUGCUAGAUUGAGCCUGAGGUCCUUUGAAACCUUUGGUAGUAACACUCUUGCUGACUGUUGUCUGUUUGGGGAAGGUUUGCUUCCUCAAACGGAUGCCAACUGCUUAUUCUUGGAAUAUUGGCUGGAGUGGCUUACUCUCUCCUGAGCAUGCUAAUGUCUGUGGGUCCAGGUUGAGGAUGGUGGAAAAGGGAACUGGGCUCAAUGUUUGUGGUCUGAGAGGAAAAAAUAAGUUCUGAGAGCUAACUUUCUACCUCUAAAUUGAGGCUUAGGAAUAAAAACCAUUUUAUCUUAAAUUUAUCAUUUAAAAUAGCAUUAGUAACUUUUAAGCUCAUGUCAAGCAUUGGGCAGUUAGAGAUUUCAUAGGGAGACUAAACAAAUCAAAUUUUCAAGAACUAAGGCUGAUUGAGGCUCUAAGAGUCAGACCAACAAAAGUUUUAUUCUGUGUUGCGUUUACUGGUAAGAUUAUUAUCCUGAUGCUACCUCUCAA